AUGGUAACUGAUGAACUGGGACCAGUGGCUGAUGAUUCAUUAUUUGAAUUAUGUGAUUGUCUACUACAUUGUAAUAAUUCUUUUUUAAAACAAAGAAAUUUAAAAGGAUACAUUCCAUAUGCAUCAGUAUAUGAUUCAUUGGAAGAAGUUCGCAAAAGAGGUUAUUUUAUUCCAGGAAAACCUGUUGUAGCUAAAAUAAUUGAUGUUAGUAAAGAUGAACAAAGUCAUGUUCAUGUUAUUAAUGCUUUUCUAUAUACAAUACAAUUAACUCAUGGAAAAUAUGUUUGGACUGUCACAAAACGAUUUAGCGACUUUCUGAAUCUCCAUCGAAGGCUUAUGGCUCAUCGUGCUGUUGAAAAAGUUAAACAACCCAUUUUUAGUAAAUCAUCAAAAUUUGAAGAUGUUUUAAAAAUUGUUGCUGCAAAUAAUUACCAUCGUCAUGAUUGUCCAUUAUAUCGAUUAUUUGAUGAACAAACAAAUAACAUUCAAACAUUAAGUUAUACUAAUGAUAAUAUAACUGAUAAACCAAAAAAAAAAGUAGAUAUUGAAGGUGAUAUUAAAACUCCUACAUUAGCAACACCAGAAAAUUUAGAUUCACCAGAAAUUGCUAAAAUUUUAGUUAAUUCAAAUUUUUCUUUACCAAAAAUGCCUAAAAUUCCUGAGAUUGCAUUAUCUGAGGAAAGUGUAGAAGAAAGAAGAAUUCAACUUGAAAAAUGGAUUCAAGCAGUUUUAGCAACACCUAUUAAUAGAAAUUAUCAUGAGACAGCAGAAUUUUUAGAAGUUUCAAGAUAUUCAUUUAUUAAUCAAAUGGGAAAAUAUAAAGAAGGUGAAAUGAGAAAAAGACCAGGUGGUGCAAGAGUUUUUUUAGGAUGGAAACAAACAUGUGUAAGAUAUUUUCUUAGAUGGUCUCAUAGAUGGCUUAUAUUAAAAGAUACAUAUGUUUGUUAUAUGCAUCCUGGUAGUAGUAAAAUACGAUUAGUUUUAUUAAUUGACAAUUCAUUUAGUAUAAAUUGUCCAUAUCUUGAAAUUGCUUAUAAACCAAAAGAUCUUGUUAUAUCAAAUAAACAACAUAUACUUCAUAUGAAAUGUAGUUCUGUUGAUGAAGUUGAAUAUUGGAAAUCAGAAAUUAGAAAAAUAAUGGAAAAUUCUGGAAAAAUUUGGCUUGAACGUCAUCCUCAUCAAUCAUCAUAUCCAAUAAGAAACGAUUGUUAUUCUAAAUGGUUUGUUGAUGGUAAAGAAUAUUGGGAGUAUGCUGCUGAUAUGAUUGAAUUAGCUCAAGAAGAAAUUUUUAUAGCUGAUUGGUGGUUAUGUCCACAUAUAUAUAUGAAACGUCCAAUGAAUGAAGGUAAUAAAUGGAGAUUAGAUAUUUUAUUAAAAAGAAAAGCUGAACAAGGAGUAAAAAUAUUUAUUUUAAUUUAUAAAGAAAUGGAAAUGGCUUUAAAUUUAAAUUCAUUAUGGAUGAAAAAAACAAUGCAAGCACUUCAUCCUAAUAUAAUGGUAAUGCGUCAUCCAGAUCAUUAUCCAGGAACUGGAACAUUUUUCUGGGCUCAUCAUGAAAAAUUACUUGUAAUAGAUCAAAUAAUAGCUUUUGUUGGUGGUUUAGAUUUAUGUUAUGGUCGAUGGGAUGAUAACGUUCAUAGAUUAACAGAUUUAGGUUCUAUUCAAAUGCCUACAUAUGGUACUAUUAAUAGUAAUAUUGAUUGUAAUUUAAUAUCCGGAAUGAGACAAGUAGCUGGAUUGUCAGCAUCAUUAUGUCCAUCUGGUAAAACAUGUGAAAAAAAUGAAGAUUUUGUAGACGAAAAUACUAAUCAAAUUGAAUCAGAAGAUGAUGUAAAGGAUGAUGAUAAUGAUAAUAUAAAAAAAGAUGGAAAAUCAAAAUUAUUACAUAAAAAAAGUAGUAGAAUGGCUGCUAUAGUCACUAAAUUUAAACCAUCAAGAAAAAAUAAAAAAAGGCAUUCAUUUCCUGGUAAACCACAAGUUAAUUCACAUGUUGAUGUUAAAAUGAAUGAUGCAUCAGGAAAACAAGAAUUAAGUGUAACAAUAAAAGAUGAAGGAAAAUAUAAAAUAGAAAUUGAUUAUGAUAAUAAAAAUAGAAAAUCUAAAAGUUUUUCUAGAUCUAGAUCAAAAAGUCCAAUGGAAAAUGAUGAUAGUCGUGAUAUUCAAAAAUUUGAUGGUAAAGAAGAUGAUGAACAAAGAACACUUACGGGAGAAAAAAAAGUAUGGGGUAAAGUAACAAGAAAUAUAAAAGAUCAAACACGUUCAAAAGUUGGAAAAAUUGUUUCACAUUGGGGAACAAAUAAAAUGAAAAAUAGAUGGAGAGAUGUAUUAAAUGAAGAUAGUACAUUAGGUCAAUAUGAACUUAAUUGGAUUAAAUUAAAAUCAUCAAAUGAAGAAAAUAAUAGAAAUCUUCAAGGUGGUGGUAAAUUAUGGCCUGGAAAAGAUUAUGUUAAUUAUAAUAAAAAAGAUUUUAUUGAAGUAGAAGAACCAUUUAAAGAUUUUGUUGAUAGAAGAAAAGUUCCACGUAUGCCUUGGCAUGAUAUUCAUUCUGUUACUUUUGGAACUGCAGCAAGAGAUGUUGCUAGACAUUUUAUUCAACGAUGGAAUGCAACAAAAACUGAGAAACUUAAAGAUGAAAAAAAAUAUCCAUAUAUUUUACCUAAAUCAUAUGAUUCUGUAAGAAUUCCAAGAAUAUUUUUACCUAUAAGUAUUCCAACAUCAGUUCAAGUAUUAAGAUCAGCUGCAACAUGGUCUGCUCUGGUAAGUGAAACAGAAGAAAGUAUUCAAAACGCUUAUAUUGAAUUAAUAAAUACUGCAAAACAUUAUAUUUAUAUAGAAAAUCAAUUUUUUGUAUCAAUGGUUAAUAGUACAGAUGUGUUAAAUAAGAUUUGUAAAGCACUUGUUGAUCGUAUUACAUUAGCACAUGAAAAUAAAGAAACAUUCCGUGUUUAUAUAUUAAUACCACUUUUACCUGGUUUUGAAGGAGAAUUAUCAAGUAAUGCAUCACCAACCUCACUUCAUACUGUAUUACAUUGGACAAUGGUUUCAAUUGAUAAUUCUGAAAUGUCAUUAUAUCAUUGUCUAAGAAAUAGAGCAAUUAAUCCUGAUGAUUAUAUUUCAUUUUGUUCUUUAAGAACACAUUCCGUAUUAUGGGGAAAAAUGAUUAGUGAAUUAGUUUAUAUCCAUUGUAAAUGUAUGAUAAUUGAUGAUGAAAAAGUUAUUAUUGGUAGUGCAAAUAUUAAUGAUAGAUCCCAAGUUGGUAAUAGAGAUUCAGAAGUUUGUUUACUUAUUAUUGAUAAUGAAUAUUCUGAUGGAAAGAUGAAUGGUUUAGAACACAAAUCUGGAUUAUUUGCAAAAUCUUUAAGAGUUCAACUAAUGAGAGAACAUUUAGGAUUACUUAAAGAUUCACCAUCAAAGACAUCACUUUCUAUAGAUCUUGAUGAUCCUACAAGUGAUAAAUUUUGGAAUCAAUGGAAUGAUAUUGCAAAAUCAAAUACAGAAAUUUAUGAAAAAGUAUUUCGUUGUUUUCCAACUAAUAAAGCUGAAACAAUUGAAGAAUUAGAUAAAUGGAAUAUGCAAAUGCCUUUAGCAGAACUUGAUCCUAAAGAAGCUAGUGAAUUACUUAAAAAACUUUCAGGAAAUUUAGUUAUAUUUCCAAGAAAAUUUUUAAGAAGACAAAAUCUUCAACCAGCAAUAACAUCUAAAGAAGGACUUGUUCCAAGUUCUGUUUUUACAUAA